CCAGACCUUUGACAAAUCCCAACGUUAAACUUUGACUCCCCGUACCGUUACACCCAGUCUUUUGACAGUUCGAGUCCUCAGGCGGGAAAACUGAGGAAACAUCAUGGGCUCCUCGGUGUCUAGAGACGAUUUCGAGUGGACUUACAGCGAGGAACCGCACGCCAGUCGCAGGAAGCUCAUUCUAGCAAAGUACCCACAGAUGAAAGAACUGUUUGGGCAUGACUCCAACAUGGUAUACAAGGUGGGCUUCAUGCUCACCCUACAGCUCAUAGCCUGCUACUUUGUACAGGAUGCACCGUGGCCGGUUAUCAUCCUCUUGGCAUAUUGUUUUGGCGGCAUCAUCAACCAUUCCAUGAUGCUGGCCAUCCACGAAAUUUCACACAACCUGGCCUUUGGCCACUCCCGGCCCCUUCACAACCGUAUCCUGGGCAUCGUGGGAAAUGUCAUCAUUGCCGUGCCCAUGUCCAUCUCCUUUAAGAAGUACCAUCUAGAGCAUCACAAGUACCAGGGAAAUGAAGAAAUGGACAUGGACCUGCCAUCAAAGAUGGAGGGAGUUCUCUUCCACACCACCUUCACCAAGUGUAUCUGGCUCUUCCUUCAGCCCUUCUUCUAUGCCCUCCGUCCACUCUUCCUGCGACCAAAGCCUGCCACAGGGCUGGAAAUCAUCAACACAAUCGUCCAGAUUGCCUUUGAUGUGUCCAUUUUGUAUUUCUUUGGAGGCAAAUCUCUAGCGUACCUGAUGAUCGGCAGCCUGCUCGCGAUGGGAAUUCAUCCCGUGGCCGGACAUUUCAUCUCAGAACACUACAUGUUCAAGAAAGGCUACGAGACCUACUCCUACUACGGUCCACUCAACGCAAUCACCUUCAACGUUGGUUAUCACAACGAGCACCACGACUUCCCCAAUAUUCCUGGGUGUAGACUUCCCAAGGUACGUGAGAUUGCCCCAGAGUUUUACAACAACCUUCCGUGCCACACAUCGUGGAGCCGUGUCCUGUACGACUUCGUGACAGACCCGGACAUCGGACCAUACGCCCGCGUCAAGCGCAGGAGUAAGCCCAUCCCCAUCAACCCUGCCAACCUGGAUGUAGACGGUGACACCAAGGCAGAAUAAAACAUCACAUGCAGACACAAGUACACUUCACUAUGUAUAAUACAUCUACACACACUACGUACCUAAUGCUAGCUUACAGAAAGAACUGCAGACCUUUGGCCCUGCAAUAAGGGUUUCCUUAACAUAGCAUGAAAACAUUUGAAAUAUAGAGGUACUCAAUACGAGCGAUCGCCAUGACAUCAUGGUAGGGAAAGAGCGGGUGAUGGUUGGCUGAUUUGUCUACCAAUAGUUUGCUUAUGUCUUCAGAUAAUUUGCAUGUACAUCAUGUGAACAAAAACAGUGAUCGCUUGUAUGGUGUAAGGGAGGCAGAAAGUUGUGCUGUGAGGACCCCUUGUAGGUCAGGAUGGUACUGCAACAAUUUGGCUUGUUGGAGCUGAUGAGCUAAGCUAGCCUGCUAUUCAGCUUUGUUAGCAACCCUUGAAAGAAAACCAAGGGUGGAUACCAAGCAUAAACUAAGUGCCUCUCAUUGCUCAAACUUUUCUCAACAUUUAUGAGAUAUCUAGAGCUUUGUAAAUUUCUUGUUUCAUCUCCUUUUGUUUAUUAUGGAAAUAAGGUUGUGAUUAUUGUAAUCUGUUUUAAUUGAUGGUCUUCUGUACCCAAAUUAAAUGCAUUUUAUGUGUGAAGGUUCUAUCCUAUGGCAGAACUUAACUUCCACAUUUACAAAAUCUAUGCAUGGUGAUGUUAAGCUUACACAUGUCCCAGUUGCCAGGCCUACCAUUGACUUUGGCCCUCGUGCUCUUCAGAUCUACCUACCAAACAUCAUAUGUUCACAAACGUUUUUGGAAGCACAGGCAAACAGACAGACAACAGAAAAAUUGCUUUUGUGAUUAAUCAUUACUAGUAUCACAUUUCUUGUCUGCUUAGAAUGAUAUAUCUGAGACAGGCCCUAGUUCCUCUUUUCUUAAACAAGAUUUUAUUGUAUUGUGACCAUGCAAUCAGUGCAGUUGGAAUAGAAAUUUGCAUACUAGUAACUUGUUGUUUCAGCUGAAAUAAAAUCAUAUUGAAAUAAUUAAAUGACAUGAUAGGUAAAAUGUGAAUUGAUACCUACGGUAAUGUUGUACCGCUGUACAUAAUAUUUUGGACGGAAAGAGUGGUUAUAAAAACAGUUGAAAAGAUGAUUGAAUUAUGUGCCAAGCCAGAGGAACAGUAUCAUUUUGUAUUCAGACAUAUUUAGCAUAAUACAGGCAUGUUGCAUACUACAAGUAUAAUGCUACAAAAUGUUUUGCAUUAAAUGGGAGUAAUUCUUAAAACCAUGCAAAAAAGUUUUUAACUUGCAUGGUUUUGGAAUGGAGUAUGCCAGUAACAAAUGGAUACAAUGAUUCUAAAACAUCUGGAUAUUAUUGUGAUGAAGACACAUGGAAUUUUUGUCAUUGUCAUACUCAUAGAGAGCCUUGCCCUCAAAAGCUACAUAUUUUUUUUACAAACAAGUCAAUAUUAUUUAUUUUGAAAUACCAGUGUUGUAUUUUAAAGUACUUUAUGUUUUCUUGUCUGCAAAAUAAUGGAUUCUUUCUAGGAAGAAGUUUACAUGUAUGUAUUUACAAACAUGUAUGUUGAAUGGAUGAUGCCACAGUUAGGCCAUGCACAUAGAGUGCUCGGUGAAUGACCUCAAAAUUGUACUUCGCCAAAAUACUUUGAAAACCCCAUGGGGGCAUUUGGUGAAGUUUGGGUGGGGACUAGAUGCUGGAUGGUAUAUUGUAGGGUUUUGUGUAAAUACUUUUGUUUGAAUACAAAAGAUAAACUUUUGCUUCACCUUAGAAUGUAAGACUGUUUGUUCCAAAAUUAUGUUUACAGUUUUACAUAUACAUGUACGUUGUACUGUAUUAACUCUGUAAGAUGGUGCGACUAGUUGAGAGAGCAAAGCUGAUUGGUAUUUGUCAAUUUGAUAUUGUUCAUUUCACCAUGA